AAAGUUCCAAAGAAUUUUGAUAUAUAUAUAUUCAUUACUCCCGACUGCUAUUGAGGGGAGUAAAAACCAAUUCAAUAAGCUGGGCAGGAAAUGGAUACACAAAAUGAAAAGAGCAAUGAUGAACUCAAGUACGAGAAAAUUGCUUGGGGAAGUUCAUUGCCAGUGCCUAGUGUUCAAGAACUAGUGAGAAAUGAUGCUAAAGAGGUUCCCAAGAGAUAUAUACAGAACAAUGAGAACAGACCAAUUACUAAUUUUAAACCAUCUCAAGAGUCAGCUGAAAUCCCAAUCAUCAAUUUUUCACUUCUUGCUGAUGGAAACGAAGAUGAACGAAAAAAGAUGCACUUGGCAUGCAAAGAAUGGGGUUUCUUCCAGCUAUUAAACCAUGGGAUUACAAAAGAGGUGAUGCAGAAUGUGAAGAAAGCUGUAUCCCGUUUUUUUGAACUUCCAUUGAUUGAAAAAAAGAAAUAUGCCAUGGAAAAAGAUGAUCUCCAUGGAUAUGGUCAAGCUUUUGUACACUCAGAAGAGCAGACACUAGAAUGGUCUGACAUAAUGUUUCUCAUUAUAUAUCCACUCAAAUCAAGGAAAACCAUGGUCUGGCCAGAAUUACCAGGUUUCAAGGAAGCAGUUGAGGAGUACUCUUCAAAUUUGGAAAGGGUACGUGAUGAGAUAUUAGAGAACAUAUCAUUAUUGUUGGGAUUAGAGAGAAAGACUCUGAAAGAGAUGCAUGGAGAAAUGAAGCAUGCAGUGCGAAUGAACUACUAUCCACCAUGUCCAAAUCCUGAUCUUGUUCUAGGAAUUGGACCACAUUCAGAUGCCACAUCCAUCACUUUACUCCUACAAGAUGAUGAUAUUACUGGACUCCACAUUAACCACAAUAAAACAUGGAUCCCCGUUCACCCUAUUCCUAAUGCCAUACUUGUUAACGUUGGUGAUUGCAUUGAGAUUUGGAGUAAUGGGAUGUACAAGAGCAUUGAACAUAGGGCUGUAACUAACAAGGAUAAAGUCCGAGUAUCUAUUGCGACGAACGUGUUUCCAGCUGACACAAGGGAAUUGGAGCCAAUUAAGACAAUGAUAUAUGAGCAACGUCCAAGCAUGUAUAAAAGGGUUAAGUUUCUUGAUUUGAUUAGAUAUGGAAUGUCCAAAACGAUGGAUGGAAAGAUAUUUAUCGAGUUUGCCAAGGAAGAGGACAAUCAAGGGCCAUGACGUCACUGCUCUCAAGUAACAGCAAGGAAGGGCCAGCUAUUUGUUGUGUUAAUAACAAUUAUUACUUUAAAAUAAUAUUGUCCCCAACUUAUGUUUUGCAAGGACAUGCAUUGUGUGUGAUAAGAAACCCUGUAAGAUAUUAAUAAUUGGUAUGUGGGUAUGCAUUGUGUGAUAAGAAAGCAUGUAUGAUAUUAAUAAUCGGUAUUUGGGUAUCUGUUGCAUGUUAGUGAUAAUGAAGAGAGCAAAUCUUUUGAUG